AAUUAAUAUAAUGGAAUGAUUUGUAUUGCUUUUCUUAUUAUCACCAACUUCAUCAAAUUGUUAAUUUAUGUGAUGAAAUUGAGAUCUGGGUUUGAGAGAGGAAGAAUAAGGGAGAAGAGAGAGAGAGAAAGAAUAAGAAGAAGAAAGAAGAAAGAUGAGCAAGUAAAGGAAGAAGAUGAAGUUUGAGAAAGAAAACCUAGAUCUGGUGGAAGGAGAGGAAGGGCAGCGGCGAAAGGUUGAGAUCCGGGGAGGCAGUUGUGGAGUCGCGACGGCUGAGAUCGAGGAGGCAGUUGGCUACCGAGACAAAGGACUGGAAGCCGCAGACGGAGGCCACGAGCGAGCAGCAGGUUUGCCAUUUUUGGUUGAGAUCCUGGGAGGCAGCUGUGGAGUCGCCGACGACUGAGAUCGCGGAGGCAGUUGGCCGCCGGUGACUUCGCUGCUCUGUUUUCUUUCUGCUUUCUGGCUGCUUCUACACAGAGAUGAAGGGCUUGCUUUCUGGCUUUGCUUCUGCAGAGACAAAGGACUGCAAGCCACAGACGGAGGCCACGAGCGAGCAGCAGGUUCGCGAUUUCUGGCUGAGAUAGGGCAGGGAAAGGCUGGCGGUGGUGAUUGGUGUGUGGUUGUGGUGGUCUGGUGGUGCUAUUCUUCUCUUCCUCUGCUCUCUUUUGUUUCUAAUUUCUCUUGGGUUUGCUUUUGCAAUUUGCAGUGAAAUAGCAAAUAGGAAGAUCUAAUCCUCUGAGAGUUUUGUUUUUUUAAUUGAUGUGCGAUUUUAAUUUUUAAUUAAAGUUAAUGGUGUGG